AUGAAUUUGUUUACGGUUGGUGAUUAUUAUAUCAGCAGAAUCGCAAAUUUCCAGUCCAAACCGUCGGACACCUCGAUACAGGAGAAGUCGAGAGUAAAGGCAUUGAUUUUGGAUAAUGACACACUCUCUACGAUAUCGAUGUGUACUACUCAAACCGAGCUAUUAAAGCACGAGAUUUACUUGGUCGAUAAACUUGAGAAUAUUCACAGAGAUCCAAUGCCACAUUUGAAAUGUUUAUGCUAUUUGAAACCCACUGAGGAUACGAUUCAAGACCUAUUACACGAAUUACAGGAUCCCAAGUAUGGCGAAUACCAGAUUUUCUUCAAUAACCAGGUGAGUAAGUCCCAGUUGGAACGGUUAGCCGAAAGAGAUGAUAUGGAGGUUGUCACACAUGUAGAAGAAGUUUUCCAAGACUACCUAAUUGUGAACGAGGAUGUCUUCACUUUAGAGAUCCCGUUGUACAAUCUUCUCCAAAAUCAAUUGGUAUGGGAUCCAAAGGGAUUGCAGGAGACGUCUAACGGGUUAAUCUCAUUGCUACUAUCGUUAAAACUAAAUCCGACAAUUGCGUAUGACUCGGAUAGCAAAUUGUGUCAAAAGUUAGCUAAGGAUUUAGAGUAUGAAAUUAAGACAAAUGAAAGGCAGUUAUUUGAUUUUCCCGUCAGAGAUUCGAAUCCGUUACUAAUUUUACUUGACAGGAAAUCGGAUCCAUUGACACCAUUACUUCAACCGUGGACCUAUCAAUCGAUGAUAAAUGAAUAUAUCGGAAUAAAAAGAAACUUGGUAGACCUUUCGAAUGUACCAAAUAUCGAUCCCGAUUUGAAGCAGGUUGUACUCUCUUCAAAACAAGAUAAGUUCUUCAAAGAAACAAUGUAUAUGAAUUUUGGUGAUUUGGCAGAUAAGGUGAAGAACUAUGUUACUCAGUAUAAAAAUAAGACCAACAUUACCAAACAAAUCAAUACGAUAGAAGAUAUUAAAGAGUUCAUCGAAAAGUUCCCCGAAUUUAAGAAACUCUCAGGCAACAUUUCAAAACAUAUGGCCAUUGUUAGUGAAUUAGAUAGGCAAUUACAACUGAAGAAUAUAUGGGAAGUCAGUGAGCUAGAGCAAAACCUCUCUUCACAUGAUGACAAUAACGAUGACUUUGUAGAACUGAAGAGAAUUCUAAACUUACCAACCUUAGAAUCAUAUUACAAAUUAAAAUUAUGCUGCAUUUUUGUUCUACGACACGGCAAGAACGAAUCUAGAGUUUCUGAGUUGGAGAAUAUUCUAAGACAACAGUGUGAUCCCACACAAAUUUCUCUUUACUUUCAAUUUAAACAGAGAUUUGGGUCAAUAUUCAAUAAACACAAAGCUCCUCAGGACAAUGAUUUGAUUAGUGGAUUAACCAAGAAAUUCAACAGAUUAGGCAGCACCAGCGCUGAAAAUGUGUUUAUGCAACAUGUUCCUGAAUUGACAACACUUCUCAGCGAUUUGGAUAAAAACAAGUUCCCACAAGAGGGAGUGACUCUUUUAAACCAAAAUAUUGACCCUAAGACAUAUAUGCCACAAGAUGUUGUUAUAUUGAUCGUCGGAGGCCUCACUAUAGAAGAAGCGCGCGCAGUACAUCAAUUCAAUGAGAAACAGAGUAAAAAUAAGGACAAUUGCAGAGUUAUCAUUGGAGGAACCUCGAUUAUUUCUACAGAGCAAUUUUUAACAGAUGUUUGCGCCGUUAAUGAUAAACCAGUUGACUUAUUAUGA